UGGAGGGCCGUGAUCGUCUCAGUCGCGUGCGUCGGAGCAGUGGAGCCACAGCUGAACACACAGCGGCUGGAGGGUGUGAGGCCAUGGACCGCCAGCUAGGGGCGCUAGCCCAGGCUCUGGAGCAGUGGGAGGGGGCCGCCCUGAGAGCCCGCGACGGCCUGGAAAGGGCCCUCACUACGGCAACAGAGCAGGAGCAGGAGUACGAGCGUCUGACCGCCAGGAUGGAGGAGGAGCUUAGGGAGCUUGAUGGGCGGCUAAAGGGGUGGAGCCAGGAGCUGAGCAGAGCGGAGGGAAGGAGCAGUGGGGAGGAGGCAGUGGAGGGGUGGCAGCAGGCUAAGGAGACACUGGAGGGCUUGCUGAGUGCUGAGCCCAUGGCAGACAGGCUGAAGGCUCAACUCAAUGACCUGGUCCGCUACUCCAGAGACCUGGGACCCCACUCAGACAGGGUCACUGCUCUCAUCAAACAACACAACAGUCUGAGUCUGCGUGCAUCCAGAGAGUGCCAGAAUAAGGAGCGUCUGCUGGAGCAGAGGUUCAGAGCAGCCCUCAGGGACUUCCAACAGUGGCUGGUCAACGUUAAGAUCAGCACGGCCAAGUGUUUCGACAUCCCCCAGAGUGUCACUGAGGCCUCCACUGGUCUACUGAGGAUACAGGAGUUUCUGAAUGACAGGGAGCAUGGCCAGGCCAGACUGAGUGCAGUGGGGACCAGUGGAGAGCUGCUCAUGGCUGUCGUGCCUAAAGACAGAGAGGAGGGGGUCAAGGCCAAGGUGGCUAACGCCAGAGACGACUGGAAGAGCCUCAUGACCAACCUUCAGAUGAGAGAGACUGCGCUAAAGAACCUGCAGUCUCAGAUGAGAGACUUUGAGGUCAGCACUGAGCCGCUCCAGGAUUGGCUGAACAGCACUGAGGUCAUAGUACAGGAGAGCAGCGCUCGACUACAUGACCUCCCUGCCAAGAGACAGGAGCUUAGCAAGUUACAGUGUGUGUUGGAGGAGCUGUCAUGUCGUGAGGCUGAGCUGGGCAAGCUGAGGGAGAGGGCCCACCGGCUCUGGGAGGGCCAGGCUGCAGGGAAGGGCUUCGUCCACCGUGUGUCCCAGCUGUCUGCACAGUACCUAGCCCUCAGCAACCUGACCAAGGACAAGGCCUCCAGGAUAGAGCGUAUCGUAGGGGAGCACCGUCUGUUCUCCCAGGGUCUGACGGAGCUCCAGAACUGGGUGUCUGAGGCUGAGAGGAUCCUGAACACCUGCCUCUCCCCCACCGCCGACAAGACUGUACUGGAGGACAGGAUGAUACAGCUGGAGGCCCUGUUGGCGGCCCGUCAGGAGAGGGAGAUCCAGCUGAAGAUGUUGCUGACACGGGGUGAGGCUGUCCAGAGGAACACCUCUGCUGAGGGGGUCCCCGUGGUCCGAAAACAGAUCCAGGACCUUAAGGACUCCUGGGACUCUCUGCUGUCUGCCUCCAUCCAGUGUAAAAGUCAGCUGGAGGGGGCCCUGUCCCAGUGGACCAGCUACCAGGAGGACGUGGGCCAGUUUAUCAUGUGGAUGGAGCGCGUGGAGACCACUCUGGGCUGCUCAGACAGACAGUACUCUGAGAUGAGAGACAAGACCGCCAACCUGGGAAAGACCAAGCUUCUAUAUGAGGAGGUCCUGAGCCACAGCAGUCCAUUAGAGACCAUCGCUACCAAGGGCUCCAACAUGGCUGAACAAUACACUACCCAUCAGGAGGUACACAGCCUACAGGAGAGAUACACUGCCAUCACAGACAAGGCCAAGGCUGCAGUCUACAAGGCUAAGGAUCUGGUCCUGGCCCAUCAGGAGUACCAGAGGGGGCUGCACAUGUUUGAAGACUGGCUGGAGCAGGAGCAGGGAACCCUGGGCUCUCUGUCCCACCCAGAGGGGGAUGUGGACACCCUGGAGAACACACUACAGCAGAUACAGCUCCUCCAGGAGCGCUGCUCCCAGGGCCAGUCCCUGCUCUCUUCCCUGCUGUCAAGCAGGGAUGGGGUGAUUCCGUGGGGCGCGCCUCAGAUUGAGGACCGAGCCCUAGACACGGCACAGCGUGAGUGGGGGGCCUACCAGGCCCGGCUGGGGGAGACUAGGGCCACGCUGGGUUCUACCCUGGGCAGGCUCAGGCAGAUGGGCCAGAGGUUCCAGAGCCUGGUCCUGUGGCUGGAGGACAUGGAGGGGAAGGCCAACAUCCGUGGACAUCGCAGGUCUGACAGCGCUUCCAAGGAUGCCCAGCUAAAGCAGCUCCAGCUGUGGCAGGAAAGUGUGCUAGCCCGGCAGAGUGAGGUGGAUGGGCUGUCUGCUCUGGCCCAGCAGGUCCUGGAGGAGACCCACAUCAGCAGCCGGGUCAGCACCAGAGCCACCCAGCUCACUGCCCGAUACCACGCCCUGAUUCUCAACAUACAGGAGACCAUCAAGCAGCUGAAGGAGGAGCUUAGGAGCAUCGAGGAGGCAGAGAAACUCUGUGUGUCCUUCUCUGAUUGGCUUAGAACAGCCCAGAAGAACUUCAGAACAGUGACAGCCAGCACGGAGGCUCUGGACCGGGUUGCCAUGGAGAGGAAGAUGAAGAAAGUAGAGACUCUCCAGGCUGAGCUUCAGCAGGGCCAUGGCCUGCUCAAGGCCCUCAGGGAGCGGGCAGAGCGGGCUGCAGGCUUCCUGGAGGAGGCUGGAGCUGAGGGGCUGGGGGGGGAGGUGGAGGCUAGGCUAGCCCAACUGGAGGAGCUAGCCGGUGGGCUGCGGCAGGAGCACAGCACCCUGGAGAGGGCUGUGUGUCUGGCCAAGGAGUUCCAGGACAGGUACAAGGCCCAGGCCCAGUGGGUGGUGGAGACCAGAGCCAUGCUCAGUGCCCCUCUGGAACCUAAAGCUGAACUGUACCAGAAGAGAGCACAACUGGCCAAGUACAAGGCCUUGUUGCAGACGGUCCAGUCCCAUGACUCUGCAGUGAGGUUGGUGGUGGAGAAGGGAGAGUCUCUGCUGCUUUCAGUCCAGUACCCCUCCAUCAGAGACAACAUGAACAGACUACAGACGGACUACACUGAGCUCGGCAACGCUGCCACUGCCCAUGUGCAGCGCCUGGAGGGCCAGGUGAAGGAGCAGGAAGUGUACCAUGUGGAGCUACAGGAAGUGGAGAGGUGGCUGCUGCAGAUGUCCAGCAGGAUGGUGACCCCUGACCCCGCAGCUGGCGGAGGCCUUGAGGCAGCCACUCAGCAGCUGGCCAGUCACAAGGCCAUCAUGGAGGAGAUAGCAGGCUUUGAGGACCGCCUGUCUGGGCUGAAGGAGAGGGGAGAUGACCUGGUGGAGGGCUGCAGUGAGCGUGUGCAGAGCAGGCUGAGACAGCAGGUCCAGGCUCAGCAGCAAGGCACCCGAGACAGCUACUCUGCCAUCUGCAGCACGGCACAGAGAGUGUACCAGAGUUUGGACCGUGAGUUGCAGAGGCAUGUCAGUCUGCAGGAUGCUCUGCAGCAGUGUCAGACCUGGCUGGUGUCAGUCUCAGAGGAACCAGAGCCCACUGCACAUCUCCCUCUCAGCCUGGAGGAGGCGCUACAGCAGGUGAAGCAUGAGCGGACUCUCCAGGAGCAGGCCAGUACCUACCUACAGCUGGUGUGUUCUACCUGUGACCUUUCAGAGCAGAGGGUGAGGGAGACCGCCCAAGACAUCCAACAGGUCAAACUACAGAUCGAGGAGAGGAUGCUGGUGUGUGAGGAGGUGGCAGAGAGCUGGAGGGACGUUCAGGAGCAGCGGGCUGAUCUGGAAGCUCAACUCAGAGAGACAGAGCAGCAGCUGCAGAACCUCUCCAGGAGACCGGCUGAACUGGAGCCCAAGAUCACCCAGAACCAACUGGAUCAGGCACAGGAGUUCCUCCAGCAGCUCAGAGUGAAGCAGGUCGACGUCACCCAGCUGAGGGAGGCUGUGGCUGGGCUGACGGAGGGCCAGUCCUCCCCUGCCCUGGAGGAGAUGGGAGGUCUGAGGAGGGCCUGGGAGGAGUUGGGGCAGAGGGCUGAAGAGCUGGAGGGGCAGAGGGGUGAGGACAUGCAGAGGAGCGGAGAGUACCAUGACUGUGUGGCUGCCGUGGAGGAACUCUUCCACCAGGUGUCCAGAGAGUGGGACUACCUGGCCAGGGCGGACACAGAGAGCACCAGUGAGCACCUGGAGGCUCUGAGAAAGCUGUGUUGUGACCUGGAGGACCAGAGAGGAACUCUAGAGGAGCUAAGGGACCAGAGACAGGCUGUCCUGCCACGCCUGAGCCUGCUGGACAAGGAGCUGGUCAAACAACAGGUGGGCCACUUGGAGAAGCGCUGGUCCCAGCUGGACAGCCUGAUCCAGGGGAAGAUCCAGGACUCUUCCCAGACUCUGGAGGACCUUGGUCGGGUGGAAGCCCAACUGAGGGAGGCCCGGGAAUGGAUGGAGGAGCAGCGUCCUGCCCUAACAUCAGCCCUGAAGACCAGCCCUCCUCCAGACCUGGCCCAGAGCUUCCUGUUUGACCACCUGAGUGUGUGUGUGGAGCUGGAGGCCCGGGGGCAGCUGCUGGGCCAGGCAGUGAGCGAGGCCCAGCGCGUGGCCUCUAGGCUAGGGCUAAGCGAGAGGAGACGCCUGCAGGAGCUGGUACUCCAGGCCGAGGGAGAAGUAGAGGCACUGGGGGCCAGGGUGAGCCAGCGGAGGAAGUACCUCAGCAAGGCCUUCACGGAGCGGACCCAGUUCCUCCAGGCUGUGGGGAGGGCUCUGUCCUGGGUCCAGCAGCAGGAGAGGAAGGCUUUAAUGGACGACCACGUGGCUCUCCUCCCUGACGACCUGACCAAGCAAGUGGUGACGUGCCGAGGGGUCCAGAGCGGCCUGCGGGCCUACCAGGGGGAAUUGGCCUCUCUGUGGGUCCAGGGUCGUGACCUGGAGAGGGACGCCACGGACCAGGAACGGGGAGAGACCGUGACCAGGCUGGAGGAGCUCCAGAGGGUCUUUGAGACGGCCUUCCAGAGAACCACCCAUCGCCUGCAGGACCUGGACAGAGCCCUGACCUCCAGGAAGUACUUCAAGGUCGACCUGGAUAGGACGUGUCACUGGCUGAGACGGGCAGAUGGCAUUACCUUCCCCGAGAUUGACUUCACCUGCAACGCCGAUGACGAUUUGGAACUGCAGAGUCGACUGGCGAAGUUCCAGAACGUUCUAGAGCAGGCGUCGGAAUACGAGAACCUCCUACUCAUCGUCCAGAGGGUGGGGCAGGAGAUUCUCCCCUCGCUAAAGGAGGUAGAUCACUGCUACCUCGACGAAAAGCUCAACGCCCUCCCUCAACAAUACAACAGCAUCCUAGCGUUAGCCAAAGAGAAGAGGGACAGGAUCCAGCAGGCUAUUCUAGAGAGAAAGGACUACGACUGCUUCUUCAAUGUCACUUGUAGAGCAUUGGAGGAGCUUCAGGAGCAGUUAGACGGUUUAGCGAAACGGACUGUCAGUAUUCAAGAACAGGAAGUUGUUCAUCUCCGUCAUGACCAUAGAGAUCUGUCUGAAAGCCUGUCUCAGCUCAGCCCUGCGGUGAGAGAGUUGAGGAGGAAGACUGAGGGGUUUCUCAGCAGGGGUCAACGAUGCCAUGCUGAGGAGACAGAACAGCUGGUUAACCUUCAUGACAAUCUGAAGAGGACCAUUGACCAGAGACUGAAACAUCUUGACGACUCAUUGAAAACAUUGGCAGAGUAUAAUGCAACAUCAGCUAAACUAGACUCUGAGUUGAAGUCAGUGAAAGAGCAGUUCACUAGAAUGAAGUCAGACUCAGACACCACAUUAGGUGGCACAGAGAGACUGACGAGUCUUUACACACUGCUGGAAGAUCUGGAAAGGAUGGGCUCUCACCUGGAGAGACUCACCCAACAUACAGAAGACCUGGGAUUGAACUGUGAUCCUGCCGCCAUCCAGGCCUCCAGAGAGGUAGUGACCUCGCAUCAAAAAGAGCUGCAGUCCGUAAGGUCGGAAGUAAAAGAUUGUGUUACAGAAUGUGAAAACUGUCUCAAGAAGGACAAAGAAUUUGAGAAAGAGACUGGGUGGACAUCAGAUUGGCUGAAGAGUCUGCGGAAGAAGCUUGGGGAUCCAUUGACCCUUCCAGAGGUGAAAGUUGAGAUGGUAGAGGAGGAGGUCAGGAGACUGAAGGUGGUAGAGGAAGAGGUGCAGUCCAGAAUGAGGGUAGCAGAUGCCAUGGGCAGCAGGGAGAAGCAGAGAUACAGCAGUAGAAAUGAGGCCUGCCCUGCCCAUGUGGAGGCUAACCUAGAGGAGCUGGCUAAACUGAGGGCUGAUGUCCAACAAACACUUAGAACCAAGCAGCUGAGCCUGGAUCAGACUCUGUCCCUGGUCCAGAGGCACCAAUCCACCCAGCAGUCAGCCCGCAAGUGGCUUGACAAAGCUGGGGCUUUUCUCCAGAGAACCACCCUGGGAAUAGAGCUGGAGAACCAGACAGAGAGCCUCAGGGAGCUGGAGGAGAUCUCAGCCCAGGAACCAGCCUUCAUGGCUAAACUAGAUGAGCUGGAGACCCUGGGUGCUCAGCUGGAUGGUCUGGUGGGGAUGGGAGUGACGAAGGAGAUGAAAGAAAGUGAAAGAAAGAAAGAAGGUGUGGAGGUAAUGCGACAGAAGGGGUCAGAGGUCAAAGAGCAGCUGAAGGGUUACCGGGAGGAUCUGCAGAGCUGUGCUGCUCAGUGGAGCUCCUUCCAGACGGAGAGAGAGGAGCUGAUUGGACAGAUGAAUGAAGCAGGAAGUAUGAUGACUGCGUUCCCCUCGGCGAAGGCAGCCAAUAGCCAGGAGGCUGAGGACAAACUCCAGAGUUACAAGUCUCUGGUGAUUCUGAUUGAUGGGUGUGAACCCACCCUGACUGGCUUGAAAGAGAAGGCCACAGAUUUGGCUCUUGUUGGGUCUGAGUCCAGCAAAGCUGCUAUUGGUCACUCUGUGUCAUCUUUAUGGCAACGUUGGACCCGCCUGCGCAGCAUGGCGCGAGCCCAGGAGAGAGCGCUGGAGGACACAGCUCGGGACUGGAGGAGCUUCAGGGAGAAGAUGGAGAAGGUACGGUCUGUGUCAGUAGACCUCCAUGCUCGUGUGCCAGACAGCACAGUGGAGAAGGCAGCCACCAGGGCGGCGCUACAGAACCUGUUGGAAUACCAUGACUCCUUCAGCCUGGAGGUGGAGAGAGAGCAGUCAGCCCUGGCCCUGCUGGGGCAACACACCCUCAGCCUGAUAGGAGAGGACCAUGAGGAAGAGGAUAUGGAGAUGGAGAAAACUGACAAGACUAGAGAAGAGAUGUCCUGUCUGAAGGAGAUCAGGAGUAUGCUGGAUAUAUAUGAGAGCCUGGUGCUGCAGGUGCGUGGUAGCAGGGCCCAGGUGCAGCAGGAGCUGAGGGAGAGGGAGGAGGUGGAGAGGGAGCUAGGACUGGUGAAGGGAUGGAUCCAGGACACCAGGGGACUGCUACUGAGCCCUUCAUCUGACCUGGACUCACUGCUGCAUGAACUAGAGACAGCCCAUGGUGAGGUCAUCAGUAGGCGCCAGAGUGUGGAGAGGAUGGUGGAGCUGCAACAGAACAAGUACCAGGACCUCCAGGCAGCCCUGCCCUCUGAACUGAGCAUGCAGCUGGCUGAAGUGACACUCGCCCUGGGCUCCGCUGAGGACCAGGUCCAGUCGAGGGAGAGAGAGGUGCAGCAGACCAGAGACGUGAAGGAGGACUUUAGUUCCAGACUGCAGGACAUUGAGGGGAAGUUGAAGACCAUCUCUCUGAAGAUCAGUGAGAAGGCUACAGACCUGGAGCAGGCCAAGGAGGAAACCAAGUGUCUGUGUGAAGAGUGUGAGGGUUGUGGUCGCUCCCUGGCUGAGCUGGUUGUAGCAGUACAGGAGUUUGGGGACCAGAACCCUCUACUGUGUAAGCAGCUGGGAGACGCCCUGUCCAGACUGGCUGAGGUCCAGCGCCUGACCACACAACAGGCCCAGGAACGGGCCAACCAACUACACAAGGCAGAGCAGCAGCUGGAGGAGUAUAAGGGGAUGAGGCAGUUCCUCCUGGGCUGGGCUGAGAAAGCAGAGACCCUGGUCACUGGCAACAUAAUCUGGAGCUCCGCCUCUCAGCUUCAGGAGCAAAUCAGAGCCCACCAGGCGGUGCUGCGAGAGUGUCGUGGUCUCCAUGGUGACCUGGAGGCCAUGGGGGAAAGGGAAGGGCAGCUGGGGGAGGUGCUACAGACGGAGGGGUGGAGCCAGCAGGUGAAACAACUGAGCAGAUGCACUGAGGAGUUGCAGCAGAGCGCAAAGACACGCCUCCAGAGCCUGCAGGAUGCCGCCAAGGACAUGGUUCGCCUGGAGGCUGAGGUGAAGACCCUGCAUGACUCUCUGGACCAGGCCCAGCUCACACUCACCUCUCCUGACCUAGCACGACUCAGCCUCAGGGAGCAGCUCACGCACAGACAGCGUCUGUUGGUGGAGAUGGAGGCCUUCAAGCAGCAGGUGCAGGCGGUACAGCUGUGUCAGAGCGCCCUCCGGCUGCCGGAGGAGGUAGUGGCCAGCCUGUCCAUCUGCAGAACAGCCCAGAGCCUGCAGCAGGAGGCCAGCCAACUGCAGCACACCACAAUCCAACAGUGCAACAUCCUACAGGAGGCCGUGGUGCAGUAUGAGCAGUAUGAACAGGAAGUGAGGAACCUCCAGAGGCUGAUAGAGGAAGCUCACCGCAUCAUACAGGACCGACCCGUUUCAACCAGUAACAUACAUGAACUACAGGCCCAGAUACACCACCAUGAGGAGCUAGCCCUGAAGAUCCGAGGCUACCAGGAGCAGAUAGCGUCCCUGAACUCCAAGUGUAAGAUGCUGACUGUGAAGGCCAAGCACGCCACCAUGCUGCUGACGGUCAGUGAGGUGGAGGGGUUGUCUGACGGCAUGGACGAGCUCAGCGACGAGGAGCUGCCCACCAAACAACCGCCGGCACAUCCCUCCGUCGUCAUGAUGACAGCAGGCCGCUGUCACACACUCCUCUCCCCCGUAACAGAGGAGUCAGGGGAGGAGGGCACCAACAGCGAGGUCUCCUCUCCCGCCUGCCGCUCCCCCUCACCAGGGGCUAACGCUGACACUCCCCUUAACCAGGGCCGGGCCCCUCUGAGUCGGGCCCCUCUACAGGAGCUGUAUGACCCCUCUCUAGAGUCCAAUGCCAACCUGGAUGACCUGCAGCGCUCCUGGGAAACACUCAAGAAUGUGAUCAGUGAGAAGCAGAAGACUCUGUAUGAGGCUUUGGAGCGCCAGCAGCACUACCAGGAGUCCCUCCAGUCAAUCUCCACCAAGAUGGAGUCUAUAGAGGGAGCUCUCAAUGAGGGCCUAGAGUCCCGCAAGAGCCCUGAGAGCCAGAUGGCUGCACACCAGGCCCUGAUGGAUGAGAUCCUGAUGCUACAGGAUGAGAUUGGGGACCUGCAGACCUGUUUCAGUGAAGAGCUGUGUGACGGCCUGGACAGUGACAGUGACCCAGGGGACCAGCUGGCCCUCCAUUCCACCCUGACCGUCCUGGGAGAGAGGAUGGCCACCAUCCGCAUGAAGGCCUCUGGGAAACGGCAGCUAUUGGAGGAGCGUCUGAGUGAGCAGCUGGAGGAGCAGAGGCAGGAGCAGGCGCUGCAGCGUUACCAUAGUGAGGCAGAGGAGCUCGACCAUUGGUUGCUCAGCACCAAGGCCACACUAAGCUCCGCCCUUCAGCCACACCCAGAGGACAUGGACAUGGAGGAGCAGCUGAUCGACUGCCAGAACAUGCUGUUUGAGAUUGAGCAGAAGGUGGCCUCCCUGUCAGAGCUAUCAGUCCACAGUGAGAGCCUGCUGCUGGAGGGGCGGGCGGGGACGCGCGGGGAGGCCGAGCAGCUCACCUUUAAACUCCACUCCCUUAAAGACAGCCUGGUGGAGCUGCAGAGGAUGUUGCAGGACAAACAGGUCGACAUUCAGGGUUCAUUGCAGGAGCAGGAGGACAGUGAGCCAGACUCCAUCCUGUCCCAGAGUCCCAACAUACAGGACUGGCUGUCCCAGGCCCGCUCCACACGCACACAACAGCACCAUGACAACCUGCUACGACAGAGGGAGCUGGAGGAGCAGCUGGCAGAGCAGAGAAGGCUACUGAAGUCUGUAGCCAGUGUAGGGGAGGAGAUUCUCAGCCAACAGACCACACCCAAUGGAGACAGUGAGGGAACGCCUGGUGUGUUGUUAGAGGCAGAUACCUUGACCCCUCAUGACCAGAUGAGACAGAGGUGGGAGAAUCUGAGUAAAGACCAGAGCACCAAACUCCAGCUGUCUCUUAACUCCCUGGAGCAGGAGCAGCUCAGUCCGGUGCUCCACAGGUCAUGUGUAUCCAGCCCAGGGGUGGUGUUCAGGAGGGAGGCGCUGGGACAAGACCCUUACUUCCCCAGGGCUCUGUUGGAGGGCUGCAGCCAGACUCUAGAGAGGCUAGCCCAAGAGCCAGAAGACGUUGCUGACAAUAAGCAGGACGUGCCCCGGGGUGUGUUGGUGCAGGAGGAGCUGUAUGCGGCUGUGUCUGCAGCUUCGUCCUGGCUGGACAGUGCUGAGAACAACGUCCUCUCUGGUCCUGUGCUGCUGUCUGAGGACACUGAGACACAGCUCUCUAACCUGGAGGGCCUGAGUAAAGAGGUGAGGGAGGUGACAGGGGAGAUGAGCAAGUGCAGGGAGCUGCUGGGAGGAGGAGGUGGAGCAGCAGCAGGAGGGAGGAGGCUGUAUGGAGGGGAGGAGCAGGCCCUGAUGGAAGACACUUUGGAUGGGCUGCAGGAGAGGCUGGGCCUACUGGACCAAACCCUGGAGCAACACUGUGACUGUAUGAGAGACCGACUGCAGGAACACACCGGCUUCCAGACGGAGCUGAGGCUGCUGUUCACAGCUCUCAGUGAGAGUAAACACCAGCUGCUGCAGAGGACAGCUGGAGCCAUAGACAGGCCUGCACCCAAACAGAUGGAGACAUUAUCCGAGGUGGAGGAUGGUCUGAGGGAGUUUGAGCAGAGGGUAGCAGAGCUCAAGAGCAGAGCGGAGGGACGACAGCCUGACCAGAUCUCCAACCAGGAGCUUCUCAAACUACAGGAUGCCUACGAGGAGCUGGUGUUGAUGGUAGGCUCCAGGCGUAGCAGUUUGAACCACAGCCUGUCUCUGAAGGCCCAGUAUGAGAGUGCCCUGCAUGACCUCACAGACCUGGUCGACACCGCACAGGACAAGAUGGCCGCCGACCAGAAGAUGACCGUGGGCUCUGUCAUAGAAGUGCAGAUACUCCUGGACAAGCACAAGGAGUUUUUCCAGGGUUUGGAGUGUCAUAUGAUCCUGACCCAGACAUUCUACAGUAAGGUGAGCGGCCUGGUGGUCCAGAGGGAGAGCCAGGUCCUGGAGGAGACCCUGGCCCUGGCCAACAACGUCCUCAAACAGGCCCACCGUAGAGGGGUUGAGCUGGAAGGAAUACUGGAGUCAUGGAGCAUGCUGGUGGAGGACUACCAGGCUCUGUACAGGCAGCUGGAGGCAGUAGAGUGUAGUAUCCCUACGGUGGGCCUGGUGGAGGAGACAGAGGAGAGACUCAGCGACAGGAUCACUCUCUACCAGCGUUUGAAGACCAGCCUGACAGAGCACCAGCCCCAGCUCUAUCAGGUGAUGGAAGAGGGCAAGAGACUGCUGCUGUCUGUGUGUUGCUCAGACCUGGAGAACCAGCUCACCCAGCUAGGGGAACACUGGCUCUGCUCCACCACCAAGGUCAACAAGGAGCUCCACCGCUUCGAUUCCACCCUCAAACACUGGAGCAGGUACCAGAGUGAGUCAGCAGAGUUGAGUCAGUGGUUGCGGUCAGCUCUGGACCGUCUGGAGUUCUGGACCACACAGUCUGUUACCGUACCUCAGGAGCUGGAGACGGUCAGAGAUCACCUGUAUGCCUUCCUGGAGUUCUCUAAGGAGGUGGAUGCUAAGUCGUCUCUGCGCUCCUCAGUGCUGAGUACAGGCAACCAGCUGCUGAGGCUGAAGAGGGUGGACACGGCUGGUCUGAGAUCAGCUCUGGCCCAGGUGGACACACAGUGGGCUGAGCUGUUCACCCGCAUCCCAGUGGUACAGGAAAAACUACACCAGCUGCAGAUGGAGAAGCUGGCGUCGCGUCACGCCAUCACAGAGCUGAUGAGCUGGAUCUCUCUCAUGGAGAACGUGAUAGCGGAGGACCAGCAGAGGAUCAUGGGAGCAGUGGGGUCAGAGGUUGUUCAGGACUACCUACAGAAGUACAAGGGGUUCAGUAUAGACCUGACAUGUAAACAGCUGACGGUGGACUUCGUCAACCAGUCGGUGCUCCAGAUCAGUAGUCAAGAUGUGGAGGGGAAGCGCAGCGACAAGACCGACUUCGCCGAGCGCCUGGGAGCUAUGAACCGCCGCUGGCAGAUACUGCAAGGCCUCAUCAUUGAGAAGAUCCAGCUGUUGGAAGGCCUGUUGGAGGGCUGGAUGGAGCAUGAGAAUGGUGUUCAGGCCCUGAAGACCUGGCUGACCCUGCAAGAAGACAAACUGAAGAAGAGACACAGGAUAGAUGACGUAGCAUCGGUGCAGAAUGCACUCAAAGACUGUCAGGAGUUGGAAGAGUUGGUGAAGGAGAAAGAGAAGGAUUUGGAGAAAGCUGAAGAGAGAGGGAGCGGACUCAUCCAGGAAAAGAGGGGGCAGGCCUGCUCUGUUGUUAUGGAGACCCUUAAAGGGUUGAACCAGUCCUGGGCCAACCUGAACAAUAUGAUUGGUCAGAUGAAGGUGAGUCUGCGGUCAGUGCUGGAGCAGUGGACUCUGUACCGCCGUGCUGCUGAGGAGAUCAACGGUUACCUGAUGGAGGGGAGGUACUCCGUGUCCCGGCUACACCUGCUCACAGGCUCCCUGGAGGCUGUACAGCAACAGGUGGAAAGCCUGGAGAACCUGCAGGAGGAGUUAGACAAGCAGGAGAGCAGUCUGAGGAAGUUUGGCUUUGUCACACAUCAGCUGCUGACAGAGUGCCACCCGUCUGUGGCAGACACACUGGACGGAGCCCUCCGGGACGUCAACAUCAGGUGGAACGGUCUGCUGGAGCAGAUCUCAGAACAGCUGAGGAGCAGCAAGGCUCUGCUGGGUCUGUGGCAGCGCUACACAGAGCUGUAUGACCAGAGUGUCUCAGCUGUACACAAACAGGAGGAGAGGGCCGACAGGCUGCUGAAGAGUGCCACCGACAGAGAUGUCACGGAAGAGGAAAGCAACGCGUGGAUUAGAGACUGCAGUGAGUUGCUGGGUGCCCAGGCAACAGUACAACAGUCUCUACUACAGCUGCAGCAGCUGGGGGAACAGCUAAAGACUCAGGUUGACGCCUCCUCCAUGGCAGCCCUCCAAUCAGACUGCCUGUCACUCACACAUCGCCUAGCAACGCUGGAGCACGCCCUGCACAGGCAGCAGGAAGUAUUGCAGUGUGGAGCUGACGACUGUGAGCGUUUUAAAGAGCAGUUGGACUCUCUGACCUGUCAGGCUGAGGAGGCUGAAGAGGUUCUGAGGGAGUCCGACCCAGUCGAAACACCGGACCACACUGUCAUACAGGAGCGCAUGGAAAAACUCAAGAGCCAGAUGUGUAAGUUGAGUAGCCAUUCUCCUGAUCUAGAGCGUGUGAACGAGCUGGCCUACAGACUGCCCCUGAACGACAGAGAGAUCAAACGCCUCCAGAGCCUCAACAGAGCCUGGACCACCCACUCUGCACACCUGACUGAGAGAUUCAGUAAGCUGCAGGCGGUGUUGCUGCAGCAGCAGAGCUUCCUGCAGAAGUGUGAGGACUGGAUGGACUUCCUGUCCCAGACGGAACAAAAGCUGGCCGCUGAGACCUCUGGGAACUACCACAGCCUGCUGGAGCAGCAGAGAGACCACGAGUUGUUCCAGACAGAAAUGUUCAGCAGGCAGCAGAUUCUCUACUCCAUCAUCAGUGACGGCCAUCGCCUGCUGGACCAGGGACAGGUGGACGACAGGGAUGACUUCAGCCUGAAACUGGCUCUGCUGGGUAACCAAUGGCAGGGUGUUGUGAGGCGGGCCCAGCAAAGGAGAGGGAUAAUUGACAGCCUGGUCCGCCAAUGGCAGCGCUACAGGGAGAUGGCGGAGAAGCUGCGGCGAUGGCUACAGGAAGUGUCUCGCGACCCGGAAGUGCAUCAACAGGGAGAGGCGGUGGCCUUACAGGAGGCCAGGACCAUGUUGGACCAGAUACAGUUGAGGGAGCGUGUGCUCCAGAGGCAGCAGGGUGGCUACAUCCUGGCGGUGGAGGCGGGGCGGAGCCUGCUCCUGUCAGCUGACGCCAGGGCGGAGUCAGCCCUGCAGACGGAGCUGAUGGACAUGCAGGAGUGCUGGAGACAUGCCAACGUCCGAUUGGACGAACAGAAGAGAGAGCUGCUAAGCUUGCUCAAGGACUGGGGCCGCUGUGAGAAGGGCAUAGCUGCGUCUUUGGAGAAGCUGAGGGCCUUUAAGAGGAAGCUGUCCCUGCCUCUACCAGACAACCAUGAGGAGCUGCACUCUGAGCAAGUCCGCUGCAAGGAGUUAGAGAGCAAUGUGGAUGGCUGGACUGAUGACCUCACCUCUCUGUUCCUGCUGAGGGAUUCUCUGGAGGGUGUGGUCAGUGCUGAUGACCUCACAGUCCUGCAGGACCGCCUCCAGCUUCUGCAGCGCCAGUGGGAGGAGAUCUGUCACCAGCUGUCCCUGCGCAGGCAGCAGGUGAGUGAGAAGCUGAAUGAGUGGGCAGUGUUCAACGAGAAGAACAAGGACCUGUGUGAGUGGCUCACCCAGAUGGAGAGCAAGGUGUCUCAGAAUGGAGACAUCAGCAUCCAGGAGAUGAUCGAGAAGCUGCGCAAGGACUACCAGGAAGAGAUUGGUGUGGCCCAGGAGAAUAAGCAGCAGCUGCAGGUGAUGGGGGAGCGCUUGGCCAGGGCCAGCCAUGAGAGCAAGGCUGCAGAGAUACAACACAAACUCAGCAAGGUCAGCGAGCGCUGGCAACACCUGCUGGACCUCAUCGCUGCUAGGGUGAAGAAGUUGAGGGAGACGCUGGUUGCGGUGCAGCAGCUGGAUAAGAACAUGUGCAGUCUGCGCUCCUGGCUCGCUCACAUCGAGACAGAGCUGACCAGACCUCUCGUCUACGACACCUGUGACGCGCAGGAGAUACAGAGGAAACUCAACCAGCAGCAGGACAUUCAGCGGGAUAUAGAGAAGCACAGUACAGGCGUGGCGUCUGUGUUGAACCUGUGUGAAGUGUUGCUACAUGACUGUGACGCCUGUUCUACGGAGACAGAGUGUGACUCCAUCCAGCAGGCCACCAGGGGCCUGGACCGACGCUGGAGGAACAUCUGUGCCAUGUCCAUGGAAAGGAGGCUCAAGAUUGAGGAGACGUGGAGGCUGUGGCAGAAGUUUCUGGAUGACUUCUCUCGGUUUGAGGAGUGGCUGAAGACCUCAGAGAGGACGGCUGCUCUUCCCAACUCCUCUGGAGUUCUAUACACCAUCGCAAAGGAGGAGCUCAAGAAGUUUGAGGCCUUCCAGAGGCAGGUCCAGGAGUUCCUGACCCAGCUGGAGCUGAUCAAUAAGCAGUACCGCCGACUGGCCAGAGAGAACCGCACAGACUCCUCCUGCCGCCUCCGUGAAAUGGUGCAUGAUGGGAACCGGCGCUGGGACAACCUGCAGAAGAGGGUUGCCUCCAUCCUGCGCAGGCUCAAGCACUUUAUUGGUCAGAGGGAGGAGUUUGAGACAGCUAGAGACAGCAUCCUGGUGUGGCUCACUGAGAUGGACCUGCAGCUCACCAACAUAGAACACUUCUCAGAGUGUGAUGUUCAGGCUAAGAUCAAACAGCUAAGGGCGUUCCAGCAGGAGAUCUCUCUGAACACAGGGCAGAUUGAGCUGGUGUUCAGGCAGGGGGAGGCCCUGAUAGAGAAGAGUGAGCCUCUGGAUGGUGCUGUUCUAGAGGAGGAACUGGAGGAGCUACAGAGGUACUGGCAGGAGGUGUUUGGACGUGUCGACAGAUACUACAAGAAGCUGACACGCCUGCCUCUUGCCGAUGAUGAACUAGACUGUUCUGACCGAGAUCUGGACAUGGACGAGUCGGCUGAUCUCUCUGACCUGCAGUGGGGUGACUCCUCUCUCCCCUGCCCCUCAAGUCUCCCCACCUCGGGCUCUGUCCUCCCCCCACAGGCGGACCGCUCGGGCCGGGACACCCCAGCCAGCAUGGACUCUAUCCCACUGGAGUGGGACCACGACUACGACCUGAGCCGGGGGCUUGAGAGUGCUGGAGGGCGGGGUCUGGGGUCAGAAAGGGGCAGAGGACAGGAGCAGGAGGAGGAGUACCUCAGGUCGGCUGCCGCUGUGUUGUCAGAUGUAGUUAUACCAGAAAGCCCAGAGGCCUAUAUAAAACUGACAGAGAGCACACUGAGAUCCUCCUCUGGUGAGCCAGGUCAGCUGGAGGCCCACCUGAGACAGUUGGACCAGGCUGUGGACUCUGUCCAGCAGGGAGAGGCGGCUGCCUGCGGUGGCCAGGCCAGCACCAGCCCUGAGCUGGACUCGACUUACAUGGGCUAUAUGCGUCUGAUGGGAGAGUGUCGGGGCAGUAUAGAUGCAGUGAAGAGGGCUGGAGGACAGCUGACUGAGGAGGAUGAUGACAUGCCAGGACUCACCAACCCCACCAGCACAGACAGCCAGAGUGCAGGUGUGAUUGAGCGCUGGGAGCUGAUCCAGGCUCGGUCUCUGAGGGACAAACACAGACAGAAGCAGAACCUGCAGCAGUGUCACCAGCUGAUCUCAGACCUGCAGACCAUGAGGGCAUGGCUGUGCGAGGCAGAGGCAGAGCUGGGACAGCUACGGGUGCUAGACCUCAGCACAGACAUACACACCAUCCAACAGAGGAUCAGAAAGCUCAAGGAGCUGCAGAAGGCCAUGGAUGGCCACAAGUCCCAGGUCCUGUCAAUCAACCUGAGCAGCGCUGACUUCCUCCAAUCAGAUCCCGACUCAAAGGAGGCGUGGGAGCUGAGGGACGGGCUGAAGGAGAUGAACUCACGCUGGGAUUGGCUGGGCUCAUCGCUGGAGGACUGGAGGGCAGAGCUACAGAGGGCCCUGUUGCAGUGUCAGGAGUUCCAUGAGCUGAGCCACGGUCUGCUGUUGUGGUUGGAGAACAUUGACCGUAGGAGGAACGAGGUUGUCCCCAUCCCCCCCAGGCUCGACCGUGAAACACUACGGGCUCACCACAGAACACUCACGCAAAUCAAGCGUGAGCUGCUGGACUCCCAGCAGAAGGCUUCCUCCCUUCAAGAGCUCUCAGCCCAGCUGCUUGUCCACACCCAGGCCACGGCUCAAAGCCAACCCCAGGCUUCAGAGCAGGCCCAGAACCAGCUCCAGGGUAGUGAACAUCUGGAGGCCCAGGAGAAGGUGCAUGUGAUCGGGAACAGGCUGCGGCUGCUCCUCCGGGAGGUCAGCACUGACCUGGAGGGCCUGGAGAGGAGACUGGAAACCAUGGACACAAAGGACUCGCUGCCUUUGUCUGCUGUGGACAAAUCUGACAUCUCUGGAUCCACCAGCCCCGUCUCAGAGGGGACCUCAACGAGUCGCCGGCGAUCGCCCCGGGGCAAAAGUAGUCAUGCCCACCCAGGACCCCCCGAGAGCGGCCCACAUCACAGCUCUCAGAGCGGCGCUGGCUGCGCUUCCUCCCGUUCUGACUUCCCCCUGCUCCCCUCUUCCUCGUCCUCCUCCUCGUGCCCCCCAAGGGGCCAGUCCUUUAUCCUGAGGGUCCUGAGGGCAGCUCUGCCCCUCCAACUCCUCCUCCUGCUCCUGAUUGGCUUAGCCUGCCUGGUGCCCAUGACAGAGGAGGACUACAGCUGUCACCAUGCCAACAACUUUGCCCGCUCUUUCCACCCCAUGCUGCGCUACACCAAUGGACCCCCACCCAUAUGAGGGUCAUCACUUCCUGGUUCCAGAAAUACUUUCUCAUCUGAAUGAAUGUCCCCUACUGCUGUACACCAGUGGACUCAUGCCCAUAGAAGAGGACCUCCUGGAUUAUAUUAACAUUCCCUCUCCCUGCAGGACUCUCUUCCUCUGCUACACAGAGAUGACAUUCACUCAUUUUAGACUCUCUAACACCUAACAAACCAACCGACUAACAAAAGCAUCCCAAGGCUACAUGGCCUAAACAGCCUCUAUAUAAAACAUGUUGUUCAACACCCAUCUACAAGAUGAAUGGACCUAUACCUUGUGGAUCCCCUUAUAUCCAAAACAAAUCUCUAUAAGUUUUGUAUUCUUUAUAGUAAUCUGUAUUUUAUUUUUUACAGUUUCAGAGGAAACAUCUUGAGUCUGAAGAAAAAACACAGCACUACUUAUAUGUUGGGAGCCAAAGUGGACUGUGCUGUGUGUCAGUGCUGCUGCUAUUUAUUUGUUAACUCAAUCAGCAUUUGGUAGAUGUUAGAAUCAAUUAGGCUUGGGGGCUUCUGGUGAAGUUUGAAUAGCGAACAUUCCCAUUAGUCCUAGAGAUCCUAUAGAGCUAAAAGCUGAACCUCGAGCACUGACAUGGGAGAAAACUACAGGGACAUGACUGACCUGCAAACACUUGUUGAAAUACCUAAUUGGUUAUAGUUAUAGUUAGUUUAGGGUUAAGGUUAGAAGUUUGGUUAAGAUUAGGGUUAACUUUAGGAUUAGAGUUAUGGGUUGGUAUGCCAGUCACGUCCGUUUAGUGGAAUCCCACUGAGGAUUAUUAUUGAAUGAAGGUACUGCACUGAAGCCGUCCACAAGAUGGCCGACGUCUUCCUCCUCGGGCCAAGACAAGUAUUUAACGUCAAUAUUAUUUCAGUGUUUUAAAGCAAAACAAUCGAUGCAACAAGAAGAAACCAGUAAACUGACUUGUAAGAUUCAGGUGAUUUGUAUAGUGAUGUUUGAAAUGCCUUUGAAUAUGGCAGUUAUUUUUGUUUUAUUAGCAUGCACUUGAAAUCCCUUGCUUUAAAAAAAAAAGCCAAACAAUCACUGGUAGUGUUAAGUAGAUGGAUGUCAUAUAGUGUGCUUUGUAAUAAUAACGAUGAUGAUGAUGAUCCUAACUGGAUGGAAACAUCUAAAUCACUGGGCUGUUCAAAAAUGAAACUGUAAAAACAAUGAAAAAUGAAAUGGUUAUUUAUGUAUGUACAGUUUGCUAAUGCUGAGCUAAUGAAUAAUACUCUCUCUUUGCAUAAUAAAAUACAGUACAUAU